UUUUUGUUUGAUUGAAUCAUAAAAACACAAAUUUACCUCCAUACAACUAUACUGCUGUAUACAGAAAAUACGAGAACAUUUUGAGUCCUCCUCGGCUGCAGUUCCUCGCCUCGCCGCUAGACGCCCCCACAGGACAGAACGUCCUCCUCCGCUGCAGUUCCUCGCCUCGCCGCUAGAUGCCCCCACAGGACCGAGUCCGGUCUUACCUGAGCGGAGCCUCCUCCUCCUUCAGGUGGGAGCUGCUGCUGCAGGUCGACGGGAGUUUUUCUCAUGGUUUCUCCGCUGCUCUUCGCUUCAGUAACUUGUCGGCAGACUGACAGCWCAUGACAGGAGAGGAAAAGUUCUGUUUCUUGGCGAACUGACGUCGAACCGGCAGAAACUUGUGUUGUUUUGGGGUUAUUUUUGAUAAAUAAAUUGCGUUGUUUCAUGAAACGCAUCGACGGUUUUUUUUUUUUUUAAGGAAAUUCUUCACAUGAAAUUUUCCUGCGAAAACUGAGAGGAGAAAAAAAAAGUUUGGAAUUGGAAUGAGGCCCCAGGGAGACUCUUCAAAUGGAGAGUGAGUGAAAUCUGUCCGAACCGGAUCUUUAAAGCUUCUCAAGGGAGUAGCUCCAGUGUGCGGUGCCAUGUCGAACCGUGACUCCCUGGGUUUCGGGGAGCUGCUGCCCCAGGACGUGAUCAACAUCUUCGCCCAGGAGAAACACAGCAAAAGGGGCCGGAAGAAGCGCACUCGCCCCUUCGGCCGGGCCUUCGGCUGGUUCAGGAAAAAGAAAAGGAAGAGUCUGGGCAGCAACGGGCAGAGCCCCGGCCUGGGCCUGAACUUGGACGGACACCGGGCAGGACAUCUGGGUGGACACAGGGGAGGACAGAAGUCACUGAGGCAGGCUCAUUCUCAGGGAAACAGUCAUGCUGUUCCCAAGCUAGACGAUGACGAUAAGACCCCAGCGGCCCCGCAGAUCCAGGAGAACGUGUUCACCGAGGGCAGCAGGUCCAAAUAUGUGGAGGACCUCCACACCGAGGCUCAAGAAGGGCUGAAAAUGAUGCAAGAAGAAAGCAAUAUUGGAAUGAAGUUUCAAGAUGAUGAGAGCAUAGUUUCAAUGGUGACAAAUGAAACCGAUGGGGAAAGUACAGGAUUUGUGACAGACAGCACCAUCCCUGACGCGUCUUCUGUUGUCUCCAUGCACUCAUCAGUGUCCACAAGAUCGUCCCGCUCCGGACUCACCAGGCAAGGAUCAACAUUCAGACCACUGAACUCUGGAAAAAAGUCAGAAAAGAAAGCAAGAAGAAAACACAAGAAGAGCGUUCCAGGGAUUCCUCGCCAUGUUCAGAAAGAGCUGGGUUUGGACAGAGUGGGCUGGACAUUGACUCAUACGAUGAAUGAGGAUCAGUUUUAUAACGGAGAGACUGACACCAGCACCGACGGACCACAAUAUGAAGCAGGUUCCCCAUCAUCAUCAAAUGCCAGCUCUCAGGCCCCUAAUAUCAUCCACCCGCUCAGUAAAGACCGGGUUGAGCAGCUCAAUGCCGCCCACGCAGGUCACAGAGAUGACCUGGCCCUGCUCCACCGCCUGCACCCUCUCCUGACCGAUGAGCAGAGGCCCCGGUCCUUGGCUGUUCCCUGGAUGACCACUUCUACCAGCCUCCAGCAGCAGCCACCCAGUCCUGUCAUGACCAUGUCACCCCAGGCCGCCUACCUGUCUAAAAUCAUUCCCAACGCUGUGCUGCCGCCCUCCAUCGACGUGGUGGAAAUCAGUCGCGGUCGGAGCCGCAGCAGCGUGCGCACCGUCAGCAAGAGCAGCCUGCUGUUGUCCAGCCCGGCUCCCUCCCGGGCUUCUUCUAGAGCCUCGUCGUCCAGAACCGCUUCCUCCAAGUUCACUUCUGCUUCCCGCUACAACGGUCCCAGUCGGUCCAACACCUCCUGUUGGACCAAUUCUGACUCGGACACUCUGGUAUCCGACUCUUCAACCAUCUCCAGUGGUACCACACCAAGACAAAAGUCUCAGAAUACGACGACUUCCACUGAAGAGAACAGGGGUAAUCCUAAUUUCUCUGAUGGCACAUCCAAGGUCGUCCUGAAGGAAGACCAGAUUAAGAAAGAUGGGCAGUUUGCGCGCAGUCUCUCCGUCAUGAAACCCAAAAGACCUCCACCUCCUCCGAACCGCUCCUACUCCCUUCACAGUAAGAUGAAAAGACGUUCACGAGAGCUGUUGGAGGUCAGAGUGAUUCCUGGAGAGGAGAGCGCUCCUGAAAAGAACAAAUCAUCUCCAGUUCCCCACAGGAACAUCGACAGCCCUGACUACCAUGCAGACACCAGCUCUCUGGAUGAAUCGACGGGCUCUGCCACGUUCGCCGUCAUGAAAUCUGAGCUACAGCAACCAAAAACCAGCUACAACGAAGUCUCACAUAAAAAGCAGCCGCCUCUUGAGGAGAGCAAACCAGUCAAAGUAGUUUCUCCGUCCAGUGGUUACUCCAGCCAAGACGGAAUGUCCCCACAAUUCACCAAAUUGCCUCACCUGUCCUCUCCAAAGCAGAAGAACAACAACUUCUUGACAAAGCUACACAAGUUAUUUGUGGGUCCGGCUUCUUCAGCUCACCCAAAGAUUGCUGAAAAUCUUAAACCCACAGGAGAACCAAAAUCUGACACAGUCAGCGUCAGCCCUUCUGUACAAACCCUGAGAGAACUCUUCAACAUCCCUCCCCCGCCCAAAGUCCACGCUCCCCCGCCUCCUCCGCCUGAGGUGUGGGCUCACAGUAAACGCUCCUUUGAGCUACUCCUGGGGCCGCCGGCUCCGGACAACGUCUACGCCAUUAUCAAGAAGAAUCCAAAGGACAGGCGACAACAGAGGCCGUCCCCUUCUGUGUCGACAGAAAGCUCUGUGAAAGGCUUAGUGCUGGAAAGGAAAGUCAAGAAUCCCUCGCCCGAGGCUGUGAACGGGUUGCAAGGGUCCAUCAUUUCCUACGUAGAGGUUCUCAAGGAACACAACGAAAGACUCGCUCAGAACGGAGAUUUGAAAGAAGUCUGUAAGGAUGAAAAGGUGCGAACGUGUGACAUAUUAAAUGGGAUAUCGGUGAAGGCUGUGGAAAAGCAGGAAAUAAAAGAAAGUUGUCUGGUAAAGACCAUCACAGACACAUUAACCACCAUUUCAUUAGUACGCAUUUCUCCAUCACCGUCGCCUCAACUAGACCAGCGCACCGCCACAGAGACCACCGACGGCACUACAGUCUCAAAGGUACAAGUCGUGUCAUCAGAGUCAUCCUGGCCUCUGCCGCCUCCACCGAUGAACAUCACUAGACCCGAAGAGACCGACUUCCCUCUUCCACCUCCCCCGUUGUUUGGUGAGGUGGGACUAGUUUUACCGAAACAGUCCGGUCCUGGCGAGGUCUCUUCUUCUACAUCUGUGUCUGUGGCGGUCGCCGUCGAUAAAGCACAGCAGCUCAGUUCAACCAUGAGUGUCCCUCCUCCUCCACCGUAUACAGCUCCCCCUCCACCAACAGCUGCGGCUCAGAAGGUUCUCCUUCCACCACCUCCUGUGGGAUCCACCACUUGUGUCGUUCAAGAGGUCAUCCAGCGGGUUUCUUCACCAGCGAGAGAUCCCUCCCCUCCCGUGAAUGUACAAGUAUUUGCUUCCCCUCCCAAAACUAUUAAAAGUCUGUCCCCCGAAGAAGCUUCUCGACCUGCUGGAGAGGCAGCGCCUGAAAGCAAGCUCUCUCCACCACAAAGUAUUCCACCCCCUCCACCUCUGCCAUCACACCUCCAACUGUCAAAGCAACGCGUGGAUCCUCCACAUGAGAACGUCCCACCAGAACCAAAACCUGAACAAUCGAACAGUAUUUCUACAACCCCACAGAGUAUUCCACCUCCUCUAGAGCUUCUGAAACAUUCAGUCAUAAGUCAGACAGCCGGUGAUCCGGCUGCUGAUGAAGCACCACCUUCUCCUCCAUUCGAGUUCAAAAACCCGCCUUCGUUAAAAGAGGCAGAAGCACCUCCGGUUAGCAUUCCUGUGCCUCCGCCUUUACCGGUGCAGGUUACCGUCAGCACAAACCAUCAGUCCAGUCUGAGCGCAGAAAGCCAAGAGAAGAAUCCUGCACCUGAAGGGCACAGGGAGCCAGCUUCUGUCAUCACCCCGUCCCUCCUGCAGCAGGUCAAGCUUCGGUCCAUCAACAGCAGCCCCGAACCCCGUGAAGGUCAAGAGCAGGCCUCUGUGACAGCUGCACACAAGAACCUUACCUCAACCAUAACCCAGUCCCUCCUGCAGGUGAUCAUGCUUCGAUCAGUCAACAAUAGUCCUGAACCACCUGAGGCUGCUGAAGAGGAAACCACGUCCGCCGGCGCCCCGUCUCUCUCGCAGAAAGAUCAACUUCAGUCUGUCGGUAAAAGCCCUGAAGCUCCAGAGCGACCAGAACCUGAGGCCACGGUGACCCAACAACCACCCAUCACACAAACACCAGCCUCUUCCUCCCACGAGACUCCGCAGAAGCCCGUCAGAAAAUCACUGAUUCUCCUCAACCCAGAUCCGCCCCAGUCUGUCGUGGUUCCACCAGCAUCGCCAUCACCCAUAGCCCCCUCURCGAAAAAGUCUCCCACCGCCACGACUUCUUCCAUGAACCUACAAGAGGCCAUCCGUCUCCGGACAGCAGCCAGAGCAAAAGAAGGUCCCACUUCUCGCCUGAGCCUGCACUCCCCGGUGUCGCCCCCGACCACCAGCCCGAGCUUCGUCUUCUCCAAGAGCAACAAAAUGRUCGGAGUUGUGACGAAGCCAAAGCCGGAGAACAAGGAAACGGCACCGAAGAACUCGGAGGAUUCGCCUGGGGCAAAAGUGACRAGUCAAGCAGAGUCGAAGGCGGGGCUAAAGAUGCCUCCACCUGUCGCGAAGAAACCAAAAAAUAAGAGUAAAGACGGUGAGGCUGGUGAAGCUGUGGAGCAAACUGCAGGGCAGGAAGCACAGCACGAGGGUAUAAAUGAGGUUUCAGAGGAAAUGAACGGGACAGCAGGCACUGUUCGAGAGGAGACAUCAGCAGCAUGAUCCUAACGUCUGAAGGAGACCGCCGAAGGAAUAUAAUUUCUUUUAAAGCAAGAAGCUGGAUUUGGAUUGAUGAAAUUCUGAUUUCAGAACAUUCUUUGCUCUGGAGUGGUCCUUGAUUUUUAAGGUGUGGGUCCUAAUUAACUCCAUUACUCACUUUGCAUUUUAGAAAUUAAAUACUGUUUUGUUUCUUCCCGACCUUAAAGUUGUGAGAUGGUGAUGUUCUGCCCUCUAGUGUCAAACACUAACCCUGUCCUGCUGAAUCAAUGCUUUAGACUUUUGUUACACGGGGAGUUAUGGUGAUUCUUCUGUACAUAAAACCAUAUUUUGUAUAUUUAAUACCUUAUAGGUAUAAAUCUGUUCUAGAGUUCUGUAAAUUAAAAAUUUCCACACCAAUUA